UUCAUUCAGAAAUCAAUUCCCCAACCAAAAUAAGCAAUAUAAUUAUUUUUUAUUAUUGCAUUUUACUAAGAAUUAAAUAUAACUAAUUUUUAAAAACGUUUCAUUCGUUUAGUGUAAAUUCCUCUGUGUAUUAAAAACCUUAAACAUGUACGAGCAAGAUGAAGAUCAAUUUGACGAUGAAGAUUCUGAAGAAAUCAGUGCCGAACUGUGGCAAGAAGCCUGUUGGAUUGUUAUCAACGCUUAUUUUGACGAGAAAGGCUUGGUGCGACAACAACUGGAUAGUUUUGAUGAAUUCAUUCAAAUGUCUGUCCAAAGAAUCGUUGAAGAUUCACCACAAAUUGACUUGCAGGCAGAGGCACAACACACAUCUGGUGAAAUUGAAAAUCCUCCCAGGUACUUGCUGAAGUUUGAACAAAUUUAUCUUUCAAAACCAACACAUUGGGAAAAAGAUGGUGCUCCAUCGCCUAUGAUGCCGAACGAAGCUAGACUGAGAAAUUUGACUUAUUCUGCACCCUUAUAUGUAGAUAUAACAAAAACUAUUGUUAAGGAAGGGGAUGAUCCUAUUGAAACGCAGCACCAGAAAACUUUCAUUGGUAAAAUUCCUAUUAUGUUGCGUUCAACUUACUGUUUAUUGAGUGGACUGACGGAUCGUGAUUUGACUGAGUUGAACGAGUGUCCAUUGGACCCUGGUGGUUACUUUAUCAUAAACGGAUCAGAAAAAGUAUUAAUCGCUCAAGAAAAAAUGGCUACGAAUACAGUAUAUGUAUUUUCAAUGAAAGACGGCAAAUAUGCAUACAAAUCGGAAAUUCGCUCCUGUUUAGAACACAGUUCAAGACCGACGUCUACUUUAUGGGUGAAUAUGAUGGCGAGAGGUGGCCAAGCUAUCAAAAAGGCUGCUAUUGGUCAGCGUAUCAUCGCGAUUUUGCCUUACAUCAAACAAGAAAUCCCUAUCAUGAUUGUGUUUAGAGCCCUGGGUUUCGUAGCCGAUAGAGAUAUUUUGGAACACAUUAUCUAUGACUUUGACGACCCUGAAUUGAUGGAAAUGGUAAAGCCUUCUCUUGACGAAGCUUUUGUGAUACAAGAGCAAAAUGUAGCGCUCAACUUCAUUGGUGCAAGAGGUGCUAGACCGGGUGUGACCAAGGAGAAACGUAUAAAAUAUGCAAGGGAAAUUUUACAGAAAGAAAUGUUGCCCCAUGUUGGUGUGUCUGAUUUUUGUGAGACAAAAAAGGCGUAUUUCUUGGGGUAUAUGGUUCAUCGGCUACUAUUAGCUGCUUUGGGUAGGAGAGAGUUAGACGACAGAGAUCAUUACGGUAACAAAAGGUUGGAUUUGGCAGGUCCGCUAUUGGCUUUCUUAUUUAGAGGCUUAUUUAAAAACCUUAUGAAAGAAGUACGGAUGUACGCCCAAAAAUUCAUAGACAGAGGCAAAGAUUUCAAUCUGGAUUUAGCCAUAAAAACAAAACUUAUCACCGACGGCUUACGGUACUCACUCGCUACAGGAAAUUGGGGCGAUCAGAAAAAAGCCCAUCAAGCGAGAGCCGGGGUAUCUCAGGUAUUGAACCGUUUGACUUUUGCUUCGACUUUAUCCCAUUUGCGACGUGUUAAUUCCCCGAUCGGUAGAGACGGCAAACUUGCCAAACCUCGUCAAUUACACAAUACCCUAUGGGGUAUGAUUUGUCCCGCUGAAACCCCGGAAGGCGCCGCAGUAGGUCUGGUGAAGAAUCUCGCACUUAUGGCUUAUAUUUCUGUCGGAUCUCAACCCUCUCCCAUUCUGGAGUUCUUGGAGGAGUGGUCUAUGGAGAACUUGGAGGAAAUCGCACCUUCUGCUAUAGCGAAUGCCACGAAGAUAUUCGUCAACGGGUGCUGGGUCGGCAUCCACAGAGAUCCGGAACAGCUUAUGGCUACACUCAGAAAGCUCCGACGUCAGAUGGAUAUUAUAGUGUCGGAGGUGUCGAUGAUCAGAGACAUCCGAGACAGGGAAAUUAGGAUCUACACAGAUGCGGGAAGGAUUUGCAGGCCUCUGCUCAUCGUGGAGAAUGGGCAGUUGCUUUUAAAGAAACGUCAUAUCGACAUGUUGAAGGAGAGAGAAUAUAACAACUAUGGUUGGCAGGUGCUUGUGGCAUCAGGUGUGGUAGAGUACAUCGACACUCUAGAAGAAGAAACCGUAAUGAUAGCAAUGAACCCUGAAGAUCUGCGACAGGAAAAAGAAUACGCCUACUGUACAACCUACACUCACUGCGAGAUCCACCCGGCCAUGAUCCUAGGCGUGUGCGCCUCUAUCAUACCCUUCCCCGAUCACAACCAGAGCCCCAGGAACACCUACCAGAGUGCUAUGGGUAAACAGGCUAUGGGGGUUUACAUUACGAACUUCCACGUGCGGAUGGAUACCCUGGCUCAUGUACUGUACUAUCCGCAUAAGCCGUUAGUAACCACCAGGUCUAUGGAGUACCUUCGGUUCAGAGAGUUGCCGGCUGGAAUUAACAGUAUUGUCGCUAUUGCCUGUUAUACGGGGUAUAAUCAGGAAGAUUCGGUCAUCUUGAACGCUUCGGCGGUGGAAAGAGGAUUCUUCAGGUCCGUGUUCUACCGUUCAUAUAAAGAUGCCGAGUCUAAACGUAUCGGGGAUCAAGAAGAACAAUUCGAGAAGCCCACAAGGCAAACCUGCCAGGGCAUGAGGAACGCAUUGUAUGACAAACUCGACGAAGACGGUAUUAUUUCGCCUGGAAUUCGUGUCUCUGGCGACGAUGUGGUGAUAGGAAAAACAAUGACGCUACCCGAGAACGACGACGAGUUGGACGGGACGACGAAGAGGUACACUAAAAGAGACGCGUCCACGUUCUUGCGUAACAGCGAAACUGGCGUCGUGGAUCAGGUCAUGUUGACGUUAAACUCGGAGGGAUAUAAAUUUUGUAAGAUUAGGGUGAGAUCCGUCCGUAUUCCGCAAAUCGGGGACAAGUUUGCUUCUCGACACGGACAGAAAGGUACCUGCGGUAUCCAGUAUCGACAGGAGGACAUGAUUUUCAGUUGCGAAGGAAUAACCCCCGACAUCAUAAUCAACCCCCACGCUAUUCCCUCUCGUAUGACAAUUGGUCACUUGAUCGAGUGCAUCCAAGGGAAAGUAUCGUCCAACAAGGGCGAAAUCGGUGACGCUACCCCCUUCAACGAUGCGGUAAAUGUACAGAAAAUCUCGACCCUCCUCCAGGAAUACGGCUACCAACUGAGAGGAAACGAGGUCAUGUACAACGGUCACACCGGUAGGAAAAUCAACGCCCAGAUCUUCUUAGGGCCCACUUACUACCAGAGACUGAAGCACAUGGUAGACGACAAAAUCCAUUCGAGGGCCAGGGGCCCCCUGCAGAUCCUCGUCAGGCAGCCUAUGGAGGGUAGGGCGAGAGACGGAGGUCUGCGUUUCGGGGAGAUGGAACGGGACUGUCAAAUUUCGCACGGAGCGGCUCAGUUUUUGCGGGAGAGGCUGUUCGAAGUGUCGGAUCCCUACAGGAUUCACGUCUGUAACUUCUGCGGGCUGAUCGCUAUAGCUAACAUGAGGAAUAACACCUUCGAGUGCAAGGGGUGCAAGAAUAAGACGCAGAUUUCGCAGGUUAGGCUGCCGUACGCCGCGAAGUUACUGUUCCAGGAGCUCAUGUCUAUGAAUAUAGCGCCGCGAUUGAUGGUUCUGUAAUUAUCUACUUUAGAAAUUAUGUUUGACUCAAGAAUGUUCAUAGUUUUGUAUCAAGUGUUUUAUGUUUUUACCGUUUCGUAUUCCUUCUUGUACCGGUUACAAAUAUGUAAGAAAUAAAAUAUUUUAAUCAA